AUGUGGGAGCCGGUUCUUGGGAUUCCUUUGGUUUGGGAUGCUACCUCGGGAAAUGAGCCGUUGCUUCCCGAGUUGAGAACUAUCUGGGACUCUUACUUGAUGAACUCUGUCUUUUCUGUGGUGAUCAAGCCCAAGUCCUUCAAGGCACCAUCCAAUCGUCUGGCGCAUCUCUUAGAUGAUCGGUCAGGCGAUCCAUCUACUGCCGCAAGGAACGCGAGGAGGGCCCCGCGGGUGCAUCUGAUCUCGGCCUGCAAGUGGACAUCUAACACCAAGACCACGGAAUUUUGGAUGGAUGAGAGGACGAUUGAUGGCGUGUUGGCAGAAAAGGGCUGGGAGGCAUGGAUCUGGCGCACGGAUACGUGGGAGUCGGUAUUGGGGCCUCUUUCUUUAGACGAGGGUGCCUUGGUCAAGAACGAGGCAUGGUCUUGA